AUGCAGGACGGCCGUGCUCCACAGAUCAAAAAUAGGGCCCCAGCGGCCAUCCAGGUUACUGCUGAGCAGCUCCUCCGAGAUGCUCAAGAGCGCCAAGAGUCCCAGUUCCGCGCACCGAAGCAGCGUGUCGAGGACUUCGAGGAGCUUCACGAGUACCGCGGUCGCAAACGCGAAGAGUUCGAGAAGCGUAUCCGGCAGACGAGGUCGAGCAUCAAAGAAUGGCUGCAGUACGCGAACUGGGAGGCGAGCCAGGGCGAAUAUGCCCGCACCCGCUCUGUCUUCGAGCGCGCGCUCGACGUCGACCCGCGCUCGGUUCAGCUCUGGCUGUCGUACACGGAGGUCGAGCUCAAGGGCCGGAACGUGCAGCACGCGCGCAACCUCUUCGACCGCGCGGUGACGCUCCUCCCGCGCGUCGACCAGCUGUGGUACAAGUACGUGUAUCUCGAGGAGCUCCUCCAGAACGUACCGGGCGCGCGCCAGGUGUUCGAGCGGUGGAUGCAGUGGGAACCGGACGAUAAGGCGUGGCAAGCGUACAUCAAAAUGGAGCUUCGGUACCAGGAGCCGGACCGGGCGAGUGCGAUAUACGAGCGCUGGGUGGCCAUCCGGCCAGAGCCAAGGGUAUGGGUCAAGUGGGGGAAGUUCGAGGAGGAGAGGGGGAAGCUGGACAAGGCGCGGGAGGUGUUCCAGACUGCUCUCGAGUUCUUUGGGGACGACAAGGAGCAGAUCGAGAAGGCGCAGGCUGUGUUCAACGCGUUUGCGAAGAUGGAGACGCGGUUGAAGGAGUACGAGAGGGCGAGGGUGAUUUACAAGUUCGCGCUUUCAAGACUUCCCCGCUCAAAAUCGGCUGCGCUGUAUGCUGCGUACACCAAGUUCGAGAAGCAGCACGGAACACGAACCACACUGGAAUCCACGGUUCUCGGCAAGCGACGCAUACAGUACGAAGAGGAGUUAUCGCACGACGGGCGGAAUUACGACGUCUGGUUCGACUACGCCCGACUUGAGGAGGGAGCCCUGCACGACCUCCAGGACGAAGGCGCCUCAGGGGAGGAGGAAGAGCGGGCACAAAAUCGGAUACGAGAAGUGUAUGAAAGGGCGGUGGCGCAAGUACCUCCAGGAGGAGAGAAGCGGCAUUGGAGACGGUAUAUCUUCCUUUGGCUCUUCUAUGCGUUAUUCGAGGAGACGGAGACGAAGGAUUACGAACGGGCACGGCAGAUAUACCAAACCGCUGUUCGGGUCGUUCCACACAAGCAGUUCACAUUCGCCAAGUUGUGGAUCAUGUUCGCGCGAUUCGAGGUCCGGCAGCUGCAGCUAACUGCGGCACGCAAGAUUCUUGGCACGGCCAUCGGAAUGUGCCCGAAGGAGGCGCUUUUCAAGGGCUACAUUCAACUGGAGUUCGAUCUGCGCGAAUUCGACCGUGUUCGAACAUUGUACGAAAAGUGUAUUGAGUUCGACCCGACCAACUCGGCGGCAUGGAUCAAGUACGCUGAGCUCGAGGCGCAGCUCGAAGACUUUGCGCGCGUGCGCGCGAUCUAUGAGCUCGGCAUCGGUCAAAACGCGCUCUCGAUGCCCGAGCUCCUCUGGAAGGCGUACAUCGACUUCGAGACCGAGGAGGGCGAGCGAGAACGCGCGCGCGCGCUGUACGAACGCCUCGUCGAGCUCUCCGGGCACGUCAAGGUCUGGAUCUCGUACGCGACGUUCGAGGCGGAGCCGAUCCCGGUCGCGCGCGCACUGCGCGAGGAGGCGGAGGACGAGGAGGACGAGGAGGUGCCGAUGGUCGAGGGCGACCCGGUGCGCGCUCGAACGGUGUUCGAGCGGGCGUACAAGGAUCUCAAAGGCAAGGGGCUCAAGCACGAGCGCGUCGUGUUGCUUGAGAUCUGGAAGACGUUCGAGGAGAAGUAUGGCACCGCAGAGGAGGUCGUCAAGGUGCAGGGCAUGAUGCCGAUCACGAGCAAACGGCGCAUCGUGGACAAGGAGACCGGGCAGACGGUCGAAGAUUGGGACAUCGUCUUCGCCGACGACGAGCGCGAGUCGAACCCGACGACGUUCAAGUUCCUCCAGAUGGCGCACGCGUGGAAAGCGGCGCAGGGCAAAGCGGACGGAGGGGCGUCUGCUGCGCCGUUGUCGGGCUUCGUGGUUGUUGCGGCUGCUUCGCCGGAUGCAGAGACUGAUGCUGAUGAUGAUACGGCUCCCCAGGGCAAAGAUCAGGAGGGGAGUGAUGUUGCUAGUUCUAACGGAGAUGACUAG